GGUAGAAGUAAGCUAUCUCUUCCUAAUAUAUUCUGUAAGCAAUCUAUUAUCAUUGAUGCUUUCCUGGAGUGCAUAAAACCAGACACAGUUUUCGUCUUUAUUUGUAUGCAACAAACCUAAAGCAAAAAUGCAUUUCUCGAUACCUGACACCCAAGAGUGCAAGGACGAGCAAGGAUCAAGUUAUAGGGUUUAUAACGUCCAUGUGAAUGGGGUCUUCCACUGCUCAGUUCGCUACUCGCAGCUCCAUGACUUCAACGAACAAGUCAAGAAGGAAUUCAGCAACAGCUUCACAGGAUACCAGAAGUUUCCCCCCAAGAAGUUCCUCUCCCUCACCCCGUCACAGAGAGAGGAGCGAAGGGAGAAGCUUGAGAAGUACAUCCAGAUUGUAAGCCAAGAUCCGAGGAUAGCGAACAGCGAUAUAUUCAAUGGCUUCCUCCUUACAUCACAAAAAGAGACGAGACAAGAAGAACCUGUCGACGUUCAGCUUGAAGUCUACAUGAUGAAUGGUAGUAGGGUCAAAGUGGACAUCAAAUCAACAGACCAAACAGAUGAUGUAUUAGAGAGAGUGACAUCAGAGAUUGGUCUUCAUGAACAGUUCACCUACUACUUUGCUCUCUUCCUUGUUAUCAAAGACAAAGAUGAGGAGGCAGGGACAAUCAUUAGGAGAAUUCAAGAUUUUGAAUCACCCUACAUCUCAUUGAAAGCUGCCACAGGAACAUGUAAAAUAGUCCUGAGAAAAAAUUACUGGGAUCCAAGCUUUGAUAGUGAUCUUCUGGAGGAUAGGGUCGCACUUCAAUUACUAUACGUACAAACCUUGAGCGACGUGAGUAGAGGAUGGGUUGUCGCUUCAGAAGAUCAGAUGGCAAGGUUACAAUCUCUCAAGGCUAAGAAUUCUAAGAAGGAGUAUAUCAAGUUUGCACAAACCCUGAAGUACUAUGGAACGCUGCAGUUCAAGCAGUGCACGGUCAACUACCCCGAGCCGGAGACAAAGACAGUCAUCAACACAGGCAACAAAGAGCUUUACUUCCGGGUCGAGCUCCCAGACAAGUCCACCAAAGAGGGCGUCUUCCGAAUCACCAGAAUGAGAUGCUGGAGGAUAACAAACAGUGCUGAUAAAGAGGCUAGGAGGUUGUCCGGUGCUGAACCCAUUGUGGUUGAUAACAGUCCAAAGAAGAAAGACAGUCAGCUAGAACUGUCCUUCGAGUACCUGGUGGCCAAGAACAAGCUGCAAUGGGUGACCAUUAGAAGUCAACAGGCCAUUCUUAUCAGUCUUUGUCUACAGAGCAUGGUGGAUGAACUGCUUCUGCAGAAGAAAGGAGGACACAUCAAGAGGCCACAUGACAGGGUCAAGGGUCCCACAAGGCAGUUCAAAGGUCGUGACGGUCAGGUGAUCACAUCCAUCUCUACGUCGAGUCCUGUAGUCAGGCCGGAGCUACCCAACGGCGCACCGAGCCCGACAGAAGAAAACAAAACAGCAUCUAAGGCGAUAGACUCUGUCAAAAAGAUAUCGGACAAAAUUCAUAGUGCGAGUGCAAAGGCACAAGGCCCAUCAGCUGUUGUGGAGAAUGAAAUCUUUGAAGGCAUCGGUGAAGAAGACCUUUGAACCUUGGGUGCCCUUUGAACUCUCUUCAUUUUCUUUGUAAAUGCUCUGAUAUAUCAUAGCAUUAAAAAACACCUUAUAGUUUUGAAACAGAGAAUGACGUGUAUGGAUCGCUGGAUCACUGUAAGACUGCAGAGAAUCUGAAACAGGUUGUAAAAAGACCAUGUCUAUGUUUAUUAAUUCAAAAAAAAAAUCUUUCUUUGAGCUUUGUACACAUGUACAUGAAUAUAUGCAAACUUAACACUGUCUUGGCAAAUUGUGCUCUCUACUGCUUUGAAAAAAAGUUUUAUAUUAUUAUAUACAAAUUAUUGUCAGAUUUUAAAGGUUUUAGACUUUACAAUAGAUACUGUAAUUAGAAAGAAAAAAAGUUUUGUUGUUGUUGAAAAGUGCACAAUACAAAGGAGAGGAUAUAGCAUACAACUCCUAACUUACAGUCUGUAGUCUGUGAUAUUCUUUAUGAUAACUGUUGCAUGUUUUUAUUGACAUGAACAUUCAGGCAUGAAAGCAAUACAAAAGUAUCAUACUAAAGGCCGGCUCACAUAGUAGCGGCAAACGACGGAAUCACAACAAAUUUUUUUGCCGCCACAAAAUUUUCAACAUGCUGAAAAUUUGCUGAUGAACGCGACUGAUAACUUCGGCCGUCUGCAGUCGCAGGCGGAUUCGUCAGCGACAAUUGGAGGCAACACAUGAUGAUUGGCGGAAAAUUCAAUAUUGCAAUUCGCAGCUUAACGUAGCUUGCGGUACCCCUCUAUUUGUCAUAGUGUGAGCCGGCCUUAAAGAAGAUUAUGGUACAUGUAAUUGAAUUCAUUGAAUAAUUUAAUUAGAGGCACAUGGUGUCAUAUAUAUAAAAACAUAAUGCACAUUUACAGAAAAUUUCAUAUUAUUAUUCUUCUUGACCUGUUUUCUUCAAUCUUUCAUUUUGCUAAGAAUAUAUUCUUUCCAUAAAUCAUUUCAUAUUGUUUUUCUUUCAUCAAAUAUAUCACUUUAUAUGAGUCUCUUUGUAAUUAUGUACAGUUUAUCACCAUUUCAAAAGUAUUUGAGGCUUAUUUGUACAUUAUAUUAUCGAAGUCGAAAUCAUCAAAUUACUUGUAUUUAAUAAUCAAAUUAUAAAAGAGCGACUCCUUCUUUGAGUGUACUUGUGCUUGUUCCAAAGCAUGAUGAUUUCAGUACCCUAAAAAUGACUUCUGUGAGGUUAAAUUCCUUCAAAUUUUGCCUAAGGUAUGCAAUUACACUAUAUUACUCACUGUAAUUUCUUUGGAGAUGGAAGUAGAUUCUGAUUUAUUUUUAAAAAUAUUUUUAUUUAAUUUUAUUUUUUUCAAAUGGUGCACCCGCAAGCCUACUGCAUAUAUUUUUUUCUUUUAAUUUUUUUUUCUUCUUUUAAUUUUUUUUUAGGGAGGGGGGAGGGUUAAGAGACCCAACAGACUUUUGCUCUAUAUGUUUGUGGUAUCCUAUAUUCAGAGUACUGUUCACCUGUAGAUAUUACUACUGGAUAGAGAUUGCACAAGUUCACACGCCAAAAAUAAAGGUGAACUGACUAGUCGAUGCACUGGAACAAAGUUUAGAUACCCUGAAGUUAAUUCCAAGGUCGACUUCUGUGUGCUCAUUAAUACACUUUUUACAGGAGCGGGUUGGCUCCUGUAUUAAACCUUGAAAUGAUAUCCCUUUCAGCAGCUCCUAGAAGCCAUCACAGGGACCUGUUUCACAUGGCCUUUUUUAAAAUGACAAAUGA